UCUGGUUACUCACGGUCUUUUUGUAAGUCAGGAUCCGCUUCCAAAUACGUUGAUAUUCAAAGCAUCGGGUCUCAGGUUCUGCUGUCUUUGUCUGCUAUACAUUAAGGCCAUCCGAAAAGGUUGUUAUUUGCGGCGUCUUUAUUACGCCUAACAAGUGAGAUUUUGGUACCCGGGCCUCAUUCACCCCGGCAGUUCGCACCAUUCGCUUUUUGUUUUUAACAGACUGUUCUGAGCGACAGUCAAUAUUGAACAAACCGUGGAACUAGUCCUGCUCGAAACAAAUCCUAUUUAUCACAGAGUAUCGAGAAAGUAAUCCACUUCUGUAGCGCUAUCACAUAGUCGCCACUGAUUUCUCCAGCCCACCAGUCUCACCCCAUACUUGUACAUAAAAAAAUGCCUUCCGAGACAAUCUGGUCCAACAACUCCAAACCACCCAGCCCUAAUACGGAAAACAACUAUCGGUCUGUUCUUGAACUGGUUGACACGCCCAUGUCAGAUUUGCUCGGCUCUGCCCGUGGAGACCAGCGCAGCUUUUCGUUCACGGACAGUGGCGAAUUUGAGGGGAACUUAUUUGAUUUCAAGUCCAGUAUCGCCCAGGUGUCAUACGCCGCUAGUACAGGAGGGCCACACUCACUUGCGGCCCCAAGACCCGCGAAGGCAACGCAAGCAUUUCCUCUUGGUACUGCUUCCAUCAGCGGCGGGAUCGCCAACAGACACCCUCCGCAAGACAGUUUCUUGAGUAAGUUUGCGUCAAUCGCAGAUGCCACAAAGGAGAUCGAACUCUCAAACUCUUUGGGCUCUUUGGCCCUCGACAGCACGCACGAGGCGCCCCGGCGCACCAGUUUCAACAGCGAGCUGACUGCGGCGAAAGCGUUCAACAUGUCCCCGCACAGCUCUUUGAACGAGAAUUUGAACAUGCCGGCCCGCUCCUCUAGACACCAGUCAAUCAGCGAGAAAAUCGACAACUACAAUAACAACUCGCCGAUCCAAGCCACCGCCGCCUUGUCAACCGGCACAGACCCAAAUGUGCAUUCAGGACCAGGCGGUGAUAAGCUGCAGAACAAGCAUCCGAAUUUCUGGAACCCUGCGACGGCAACCUCUUUCACGCCUCAUCAAAAUUUUAAUUAUUUCCUCGACGGUGCACCUGCGCACCCACAGGCAGCGUUCCCUCGGGGAGGCCCAUUUUUCCCUGCGCCUAGCCCACCUCCUUUUGUGAUGAACGGUGUGCCAUUCAUGGAUGGAGGCAUGUAUGGAAUGAUGCCAUACAUGCCCCCAAUUCCGCCCAUGGAGUCCGUGCCCACCAACGAGGAGCGGACCCAAACGUCCGAAAAUGGCUCUGAAAACAAGCCUAACUCUCCCAACGAGGCAGAGAAGCAGGUCCCCGUGGGAUUUCCAGGAAUAGGAUUGAUGAACCGAGGAUUCCACCCUGGUGGUCCAGGCUUCAUGUUUCAGCCUUUCAAUCCGUAUUCGAUCUACGGGCCUGUACCCUCUCCGGGUCCUGUGCCCCCUGUUUCGAUGGCUGCUGUCGAACGAAGCCCCCAAAACUCCCCGGACAUUAAGCAUUCAAACAAGAGCAAAAAGUCAACUGCGGCUCCGUCUUCCGGGAAUCACACAAAUAAUCAAAAUACGUCUUCUAAUUCUCAAGGAAAGAAGGGGAAAUCCGGCAGGGGGAACGGUGGCGGCAAGUCUGCCCACCACAUCUAUCGCUCGCCGCUCUUGGAGGAGGUUCGUUCCAACUCCAAAGGCAAGGAAUAUUUUUUGAAAGAUAUCUAUGGCCAUGUCGUUGAAUUCACCAAGGAUCAACAUGGCUCUCGUUUCAUCCAACAAAAAUUACCAUCUGCUUCCGACGAAGAAAAAGAAAUUGCAUUUAACGAAAUUCGCGAUAUUUCAUAUGAGUUAAUGACUGAUGUCUUCGGGAACUACGUUAUCCAGAAGUUUUUUGAACACGGUUCGGAUACCCAUAAGCAAAUUUUGUUGGAAAGCAUGAUCAGUAAUGUCUACGAGCUCUCUUUGCAGAUGUAUGGGUGCCGUGUCGUUCAAAGAGCCCUAGAAUUUGUUCCGCUUGAAGGUCAGAUCACUAUCGUGAACGAAUUGAAGAGCUAUAUCCUUGUGUGCGCAAAAGAUCAGAACGGCAAUCAUGUCAUCCAGAAGUCCAUUGAAAAAAUUCCAUUUGAAUUCGUCAGAUUCAUACUUGAUAGUUUGCGGGAUCAUAUUUAUCACUUGGCAACCCAUCCUUACGGCUGUAGGGUAAUUCAGCGCUUAUUAGAAUUUUCGAAUACUGAAGACCAGCAAUUCAUUCUCGCGGAACUCAAGAAGUACAUCUUUUAUUUGAUUCAAGAUCAGUAUGGAAAUUAUGUGAUACAACAUAUACUUGAACAUGGUGCGCCGGAAGAUCAGGAGGAGAUUCUUCAAGUUGUGCUUGGUUCUGUCGUCAACUUUUCGAAACAUAAGUUUGCUUCGAACGUGAUUGAGAAAUGUAUAAAACACGGGUCCUUAAUGCAGAGACAACGUAUUCUCGAUGAAGUCAUGCUUGGAAACGAAGAGCUUGACAUGGAAACCGUGGAUGAUGAAUCACCAUUGGCCAUGAUGAUGAAAGAUCAAUAUGCCAACUAUGUGAUUCAAAAGCUCGUUGAGGGGUUUGAUCCAAAGAGCCAAGAGAAAAGGAAAUUGGUCAUGAAAUUGAGACAGUAUUUGCAACAGCUCUCGAUGAAAAAUAAUUAUGGCAAGCAUUUGGCCUCCGUGGAGAAGAUGAUAGCCGUUGCCGAGACUGCCUUAGUCGAAUCCGAUCGCGCCUAGAUGAAGCAGGCCAAUGACUCGGUGGCUACCAGCCUGUAAGAAAUUCAAAACUUGUAUAUAUGUUUAAUUCAAAUAAUCUAACCAUAGGCGUCUGAUGUGCCCAAAAAUAAAAAGAGGUGUCUCU